GGAAUCGCGGAAGGGGAAGCAUAGCUGAGCACGUGCUAAACAAAAUGAUCGCGGGCCGAAUGUAAACUUCGAUAAAACACAAAAUACUGAAGGGCUAUUAUUGUUGGAGGUGUGUUGUGUGCAAUAGUCGGAGAAGUUCGAAUCGGCGUCGUUGAGCGGUUUAUGUUGGACGUGCGGCAGUCGCAUUUCGAGUUGCUGUAGAUUGGACGUGGGGAUAAGAUUUGCACCACCGUAGACAGGCAGAAAUGGCAUUGGGAUCGAAAAAUUGCGAGCAGGAGACGAGAGGCGAAUCGAGGAAUUUGGUCGGUGAUGAUAAGGACGACAUUAAGAAGGCCGAUCAGGAUGCAGACAUUAAGCAACAGACAGAAACUAAAAUGAAUGGACAUCAGGAAAACGAAAAAGAAAACAAGGUUUCUAAUGAUGCUGAAGAAAAGGAGAAGGACGAGAGCACCGAAGGAGAUGGCGAAGGCGAAGGAAAAAACAAGCACGAAGUCGUGUUUAUCCAGGAUAUUGGUUUUUCUGUGAAAAUCGUUAGUCCCGGUGCCGAGCCAUUCGAUAUUCAGGUUUCUAGUAUGGAGUUGGUUCAAGAAAUUCAUCAACUAUUGAUGGACAGGGAGGAUACAUGCCAUAGGACAUGCUUUUCAUUGCAGUUGGAUGGCAAUACUUUGGAUAACUUUGCAGAACUCAAGAACAUUGAGGGACUCAAAGAAGGAUCAGUCAUCAAAGUAGUUGAAGAGCCCUACACGAUGCGGGAGGCCAGGAUUCAUGUCAGACAUGUGAGAGAUUUGCUGAAAUCUUUGGACCCGGCUGACGCGUACAAUGGAGUAGAGUGCAAUUCUCUCAGUUUCUUAAAUACUGUCACACAAGGAGAUAUUUUAGAGAAGAAGAAAAUGAGACCAGAAAGUGUCGAUUGCACGCCGCCAGAUUAUAUCAUGCCGGAAGGUAAGGAACGUCCAUUGAGUGCCCUCCAGCCUCAAAACAAAGACCAAAAGGUUCCUCACUGCGUAAAAGUAUUGACAACGUCCGCAUGGAAUCCACCACCUGGUAACCGCAAGAUACAUGGCGAUCUCAUGUACCUUUACGUUGUCACUCUUGAAGAUAAACAUUAUCACAUAUCCGCUUGUUCGAGAGGUUUUUAUAUCAACCAGUCUUCCGAAGAAGAUUUCAAUCCGAAACCAUCAUCCCCUAGUCAUCUGUGCCAUUCUUUGAUUGAACUGUUGAACCAAAUCUCUCCGCUGUUCAAAAGACAUUUUGCCAUUUUACAAAAGAAAAGGAAUCAGCGGCAUCCGUUUGAGAGGGUCGCCACCCCGUAUCAAUUAUACGCAUGGACUGCUCCAACUAUGGACCAUACCGUUGACGCUAUUAGAGCUGAAGACACUUUUUCAUCUAAGCUUGGUUACGAGGAACAUAUUCCCGGGCAAACUCGCGAUUGGAAUGAAGAACUACAGACUACUCGCGAACUUCCGAGGAAAACAUUACCGGAGCGACUUCUUCGUGAGCGUGCCAUUUUCAAGGUGCAUAGCGACUUCGUGGCAGCCGCCACUCGUGGUGCUAUGGCUGUUAUCGAUGGCAACGUCAUGGCAAUAAACCCCGGUGAGGAGGCCAAGAUGCAAAUGUUCAUUUGGAACAACAUAUUCUUCUCACUUGGGUUCGAUGUGCGUGAUCACUACAAGGAAUUAGGUGGAGAUGCUGCAGCUUUUGUAGCACCAAGAAAUGACCUGCAAGGUGUACGAGUAUACAGUGCAGUGGAUCUGCCAGGAUUGUAUACUUUAGGAACAGUAGUCAUUGAUUACAGAGGAUACAGAGUCACUGCACAGUCGAUUAUUCCAGGUAUUUUGGAAAGAGAACAGGAGCAAUCCGUCGUCUAUGGAUCCAUUGAUUUUGGAAAGACUGUUCUCACACAUCCCAAAUACUUGGACCUUUUAAACAAAGCUGGUCAGCAACUAAAGAUUCUUCCGCACCACGUUUUAAAUGACAAGGAUGAAUCGGUUGAACUCUGCUCUAGUGUCGAAUGUAAAGGUAUUAUUGGUAACGAUGGUCGUCACUAUAUUCUUGAUCUUCUGCGUACGUUCCCACCAGAUGUGAAUUUCUUAAAAUUGGAUGAGGAGUUGUCCAAAGAAGUAAAGAUGUUGGGUUUCCCAAUAGAACACAAACAUAAAUUGUGUUGUUUAAGACAAGAACUCAUCGACAGUUUUGUAGAUUCACGCUACAUGAUGUUUAUCAAAUAUGCAGCUUACCAUUUGCAGCAAUUGAAUAUGCGUAAAAAUGAAGAGAACAAAGACAAGGCGAUCAAAGAGGACGGAGAGAAGGAGAACAGCGACAAAGAAAAGACUGAGAGUAAAGUUGAAGUGACUGAAGAUAAUAAGGAGAAGAGCGAAGAGAGUAAUGGAAAGCAACUGGAGACGGAGGAAGCUAAGAAGAUGGUUGAAAGUAUUACUGAUGGCAAUAAGAUUGAACUCGAAGAAAGUACAAAGGACAUCGUCAAAACUGCUUCUAUGGCCGUAGGUUCUUUGAAAGACACAGAAUUCGACAUUAGAUUCAAUCCGGACGUGUACUCUCCUGGAAUUCGUCAUUGCGAAGAAAUUGACCCACCGUUGUCUAAACAGAGGCAACUCGUAAAGGAGGCAGCAGAUUUUCUUUUAACAGUACAAAUUCCUACUUUCAUCCGUGAUUGUCUGGACCACUCGUCGGCUCCUAUGGAUGGAUUCACAUUAUCUGAGGCUUUGCAUAACAGAGGAAUCAACAUCAGAUAUUUGGGCAAAGUCUGCAAUUUGUUAGGAAAAGUUAAGCAGCUGGAAUAUUUGUACAGUAUCGCAGUUGCCGAAAUUAUCCUUAGAUCUGCCAAACAUAUUUUCACUAUUUAUUUACAGGGCACAGAAAUGAUGAACCUUUCAGUAGCUGUAGCUCACUUCUUGAAUUGUUUCUUAUAUUCAGGAAGUAUAAAUAACACUAUGCAGGGAGUAGAUGAGCACAAGAACAACCGUAAGAGGAACAAGCGCAAGGGCCGAAGCAAUCCAUUGGUUUGCGUAGACAGCAACGAAUGGGCCAGUCUUACACCUAAAUCCUUAUGGAAUCAGCUGAAACAAGAAUUGAAGUCGUAUUUUGAUUUUGAACUGUCGUCGCACGAUAUCGAUUCUACGAUGGAAACAUACUCCCUGCAGAAGGUGUCGCUGUUGCGUUCGUUCUGUCUGAAGACAGGCCUACAAAUAUUGCUGCGCGAUUACAGUUUUGAGACCAAGAACAAGUUAAUUUUCUACGAGGAGGACAUCUUGAAUAUUUUCCCGAUCGUUAAGCACAUCAAUCCUAGAGCCACCGAUGCCUACAAUUUCUACACAACCGGUCAGAGCAAAAUCCAAGCGGGAUAUUUGAAAGAUGGAUAUGAGCUGAUCAACGAGGCGUUAAAUUUGUUGAAUAAUGUUUACGGCGCCAUGCAUCCUGAGAUUGCACAGUGUUUGAGGAUGAUCGCCAGGCUGAAUUACAUUAUGAAUGACCAUGCCGAGGCUAUGGCUUACCAGCAGAAGGCUGUUCUGAUGUCGGAACGCGUGAAUGGCAUCGAUCACCCCUAUACAAUUACAGAAUAUGCUCAUCUGGCUCUUUAUUGUUUUGCCAAUGGACAAGUCAGUACUGCAUUGAAAUUGUUGUACAGAGCUCGCUACUUGGCUUUAAUCGUUUGUGGAGAGAACCACCCAGAAGUUGCCUUACUUGAUAGUAAUAUUAGUUUAAUUUUACACGCCGUUGGGGAAUAUGAGUUGUCGUUACGGUUCUUGGAAAAAGCUCUCGAAUUAAACAUUAAAUAUUACGGUGCCAAGUCGCUAAAAGUAGCUGUCAGUUACCAUUUAGUUGCCAGGACUCAGAGCUGCAUAGGAAAUUUCAGGGCUGCCCUUAUCCACGAGAAGGAAGCAUACACUAUUUACAAGCAGCAGCUGGGCGAUAACCACGAAAAAACUAAAGAGUCAUCUGAAUGUUUGAAGCAUUUAACCCAUCAAGCGGUUGUGCUACAGAAGAAGAUGAACGAAAUUUACACCGGUAAAAAUGGGGCCUCGCUGCCACCAAUCCAGAUUCAACCACCUUCGAUGGGAUCAGUCUUGGAUAUGUUGAAUUUGAUCAACGGUAUUCUAUUUGUACAAAUCAGCCAAGAGGAUAUUGAAAAUUUCAAGAAAGAAAUCGAAAAGCAGCAAAAUGGAGAGAGUAGCAGUCCCAUAGAAGAGGAGGAGGAUAAGAGUAAGGCGAUCGAAGGAUAGUUAAAUAUAUACCAUUAUAUUUAGAUCAGUUCUCUAAAUGUUUGAUAUAUCUUUCUUUUGAAAAGUGAGCAUUUGGAUAAAUCGUUAGUACUUGGUAGUAUAAUUCUUAGUGAGAGUGUCGUAAACUUCUUUGUUCCUCGUAUUCUCUUCUUUUACCCAUUUCAUAACUUUACCAUUGAGUCUAAUUGGAACCGUUUUUUAUUUCCUUGGACGUGACGGUUUACAUGAAUAUGAUUACAAUCCGAACCUAGUCAGAUUAAUAUUUUUACUCCCCCAAUUAAUUUGUCAGGUGAUUUUAUAUUUUUUAUAUAUAUAUUAUUGUUUUGAGUGCAAUUGUACAGCUAGAUUUAAUUACAUAACCAUUAUAGCAGCCCAUUGUACCCAGCCAAAGAGUUUAUAU